CUGUUAAGUUCCCUCCCGGAAAUGGACCCACUCCUCCUCCUCCUUCUGCUCUUCAGCCCUGCAGCAGGAAUUUCUCAUGAUGUGAGGCUUUUCUGCUAAACUCUCCCGCCUGGAAAUGAGUUUAUUAGUCUGAGCGCGCUCCGCCUCGCUCCGCCGGGAUGACGCGCGCCGCCUGAACGGCUCGGGCUGCAGCUCGCGGUUAGCUUGGGGGCUAGCAUGCUAGCUGGCUAAGCUAGCUAACCAGGGUCUGAGGCCAAUGAAGUGCGGGUUAAAUUAGCCUGAGACUGAGUUAAAGUCCUGCUUCUGCCCGCCAAGAAUGGAAGGCGUACUUUACAAGUGGACCAAUUAUAUGACAGGAUGGCAGCCACGGUGGUUUGUGUUGGACAGUGGAAUCAUUUCAUAUUACGACUCCCAAGAUGAUGUCUGCAAAGGCAGCAAGGGCAGCAUAAAGAUGUCAGUGUGUGAAAUUAAAGUUCACCCCACGGAUAAUACGAGGCUGGAGCUGAUCAUACCAGGGGAGCAGCAUUUUUACGUGAAAGCCGUAAAUGCAGCUGAGAGACAGAAAUGGCUGGUGGCUCUGGGGAGCUCAAAGGCUGGCCUUGUCGACAAAAGGACCAAAAAGGAAAGAGAAUUAACAGAGACCACUGAGUCGUUGAAAACCAAGAUGUCAGAACUGCGUUUGUACUGUGACUUACUAAUGCAACAGGUCCACACCAUUCAAGAGUCAGUGGAGCAGGAGGGAGACCAUUCAGAGACAAGAAACGAGGCUUCAUCUUUGCUCAGUGCCACAUGUAAUACCUUCAUUCAGACAUUGGAGGAGUGUAUGAAGAUUGCCAACUCCAAGUUCCAGACGGACAUGUUGCAGCAGAGUCCUUCAGACCCGCUGAUGUCCCCAGUCUCCCCCUCUCCUAUUCAAAUGGCAAGGAUGAAGCGGUCAAUCAGUCACCCAGGCACCUAUAGUUAUGACAGGUCAAGCGUGCCAAAGGAGUGUCUGGCAGUACAGAGGUCGUCACAGAGACGCACGCGGACAUGCUCAGAUACAGAGGCUCUUAGUGACGCUGGUACAGAGGAGAUGGAGCGUCUUGUGCUGUUUCCCAAAGCCAGCCUAAAUGGUGACACAGCAACAGUGAUCCCUGAAGAGAUGGGGAAGAGCACUCGCUUUGGAUCAGAAACGGACACUCCAGAGUCAGAUCUGUCACUUUGAGUGUGACACACUAGCCUUUUAGGAGUAGACGGCCUGAAGGAAUACUGCUGUGCAGCUACUGUUUGCAGUGCACAUUAUCGGUGUUUUAGGAAGUAUUAUUUCUUCAAUGAAGCAUUUCGUUGCACUUUAAUAAGAAGAAAAAAAGGCAGAAAAACACGUCCAAUCUGAAUGUUUGUUCGUAUUCUUCCAGGUAUUUUAAAUUGCUCCUUAAUUUUGCCAGGAUGAUGAUGUUCUGUUUUUGGUUUGUGAUUCAUGAUACAUGAAACAUGAUUGCCAUAGCCUGUCAGUGAAGAGUGUACAAAUACAGUUUGGAUUGUACAGGUGAUGUGUAGCCGACUUUGUUUAGUGCAAAGAACCUUGAUGAGAAGUUUCUUUUUGUUGCAGUGCCAAGGAACUGUAUGCGUGUACUGACAUUAACUUUGAUUUUUGUUUUUCCUCUGUUGUUCACUUGGCAUGCUCCAGUGUUCGUUAGUUUAUUAUGCAAAUGCACACUUUAUUUAUUUUCAUAAGUUGCCUGAUAGUUGCCAGAUAUUUUCCUGUCACCACACCCAUAUAAAUGAUUUUUUUUUGCCUUAAAAUUUUAUUCUUCGCAUGGAGGAAUUUGAUGUACUGAUAAAUGUAAUGUAAAAAAAAAAUAUGCAUUAAAAAUAUAGAAAGUGA